GCGCUCGGGUUCAGGGCGCCGAGGGCCGAGGUCUUUUUUGCUGAACCCGCUCGCUCUUCGGCAGCAGCCGCACCGUCUGCUUUCCGGCCAGGCCCCCGCAGGCCCCAUCCUGGUCAGGGCUUUCGGAGCUGCGGGGCGGUAGCCAGCGUCUCUUCCUCCGUCUCGGGCGGAGGCCUCGUCGCUGCGGGCCAGGCCCCAGGGCGCCCCCGAUGGCGGGGCAGCUGGUGGAGGUCGAUGGCGGCAUCAUGGAAGGGGGCGGCCAGAUCCUGAGGGUGUCCUCGGCCCUGAGCUGUCUGCUGGGCCUCCCUCUGCGGGUGCAGAAGAUCCGCGCCGGCCGCAGCACGCCUGGCCUGAGGCCUCAACAUUUAUCUGGACUGGAAAUGAUUCGAGAUUUGUGUGAUGGGCAACUGGAGGGGGCAGAAAUCGGAUCAACAGAAAUAAUGUUUACACCAAAGAAGAUCAAAGGUGGAAUCCACACAGCUGAUACCAAGACAGCAGGGAGUGUGUGCCUCUUGAUGCAGGUCUCAAUGCCAUGUGUUCUGUUUGCUGCUUCUCCAUCAGAACUUCAUUUGAAAGGUGGAACUAAUGCUGAAAUGGCCCCACAGAUUGAUUACACAGCGAUGGUUUUCAAGCCAAUUGUUGAAAAAUUUGGUUUCAGAUUUAACUGUGACAUUAAAAUGAGGGGUUACUACCCAAAAGGAGGUGGUGAAGUGAUUGUCCGAAUGUCACCGAUUAAACAAUUGAACUCGAUAAAUUUAACUGACCGUGGCUCUGUGACUAAGAUAUAUGGAAGAGCUUUUGUUGCUGGUGUUUUGCCAUUUAAAGUAGCAAAAGAUAUGGCGGCGGCAGCUGUCCGAUGCAUCAGAAAGGAGAUUAGGGAUCUGUACGUUAAUAUCCAGCCGGUUCAGGAAACUAAAGACCAAGCUUUUGGCAAUGGAAAUGGAAUAAUCAUUAUUGCUGAGACAUCCACUGGCUGUUUGUUUGCUGGGUCAUCGCUUGGUAAACGAGGUGUAAAUGCAGACAAGGUUGGAAUUGAAGCUGCUGAAAUGCUGUUAGCAAAUCUUAGACAUGGUGGUGCUGUGGAUGAGUAUCUGCAGGACCAGCUGAUUAUUUUCAUGGCAUUAGCCAGUGGAGUUUCCAGAAUAAAAACAGGACCAGUUACACUCCAUACACAAACGGCUAUACAUUUUGCUGAACAAUUAGCAAAGGCUAAAUUUACUGUGAAGAAGUCAGAUGAUGAAGAAGAUGCCUCUAAAGAUGCUUAUAUUAUUGAGUGUCAAGGAAUUGGGAUGACAAAUCCAAAUCUAUAGGGUGUUUCCAGAAGAGAUUGUUAUUUGAAUUGGUGAACUGAGUAAAGAAGAUGGCCGUUCCCAGUGUGGUGGGCCUCAUCCAAUCCUUUGAAGACAUGAAUAGAACAAAAAGGAGGUAGAAGGUUGAAUUCCCUCUGUGUGACUGGGAUGUCAGUCUUCUGCCCCUGGUGCAUUUGGUUUGCAGGCCUUCAGACCCAGACUGGAGUCUUGGACCAUUGGCUCUCCAGCUCUCGGGCCUUCAAACUAUACCACUGGCCUUCCUGGGUCCCCAGCUUCAGAUGGCAGAUUCUGGGACUUUUCAGCCUCCAUAAUCACAUGAAGCAAUACUUACAAUAAAUGUAUAUCUCACUUAGGUAGAUAGAUAUAGAUAUGUAGA